AUGGGUGAUCGCGGGGGUCGUGGCGGUAGAAGUGGAGGACGAGCUGGAGGUCGUGCGGGUGGCCGAGGAAGGCCUGUCGGUCGUGGUGCACCGUAUACGGGACCCGAGUAUACGGAGAUGAUCAUUUUUUACGGCGAGGCCGGGCGCAAUGCUAACGAAGCCGCGUGUUUGUACGCGGCUGCGUUGAACCGCAGGAACCCGCCUGAUUUAAGAAGACGUCCGGAUGCAAAUGUCAUUUUGGGAGCGGUACAUCGUGGUCGAGAGGACGGUAACCUCAUUCCCCUUGCUCAUCGAGGUGCUGGACAAGGAGUAGUCGGUGCUCCACGUGUUGUACGCAACGUGGAAAAUGAAGAAAAUGUUUUAGAGUGUUUAGAAGAGGAUCCGACUAGGAGCAUUAGAAACGUGGCAGGCAUGCUGAAUCUAACCUACUCUACGAUUUAUUUAAUUUCACAAAUACAAGGAACUGUUUGA